GCUAUCCCGACCGGGACGAGUUCAGUGGUUUCGAAGAGUCGAGCAGACGACACUGGCGAAACGCGCCAGUUUCGCUCGCAUAUUCCUCGCGGAAACGGGAAGAGGAACGAGGAACGCUUACGCGAGUCUCCACGGAAUCGGAAGGCGAACCGAGCGCCCUCUGGAUCGAAGGAGUCUGCCAGAAGAAACGGCCGUGGAUUGAUCGGACGAAUCCGCGUCGAGCUCGUCGAAAAACACGCGGGACGUUAUUAAAGGAGUAUUACUCCGGCGGGCAUUGUUCGAAGCCCCGGUCCGGAACAAAGGCGGAAUACCGAACGAACGAAGAUAAGACUGAACGAGUUGAAGCAAAAACUUGGAGAGGCUGAAAAAACCGUCGCUCAGACUAAUCGAGAAUUACAAUAAGAGCAGAAGGAUCGGUAAAACAUCGGAAAACUUGGUUUUCGAGUGUGUUUACACGUUGACCAACGGAGACCUGUCCAAACCUGGAAGCGUAAGAACGCAGGAGGAUAAGCACGGAGAAAAAGCGGAUAAACGCGUGCGAGAGCAACGUUAAAAAAACUGCUGACUGGGCUGUAAAGCACAGCGGGAAAAAGAAACGAAGCGGCGAAGAAGAAAGCGGCCGACAGCGUUCGGAAGAGGAGAGUAGAGAUUAGAGAAAAACGGAGAAGCGGAAAAAAAGAAGGAAAGAAAUAGAAGGAGAAAGAGAAAGAGAAAAUAUCGUGCGAGAGAGGUUCGUGAAGCUGCACGAUAGCGUGUGCAGGGGUAUAAGGCAACGUGGCUGGCAGGACUGCACUGGCAAGAGAGAAGGCACGGAACACGAGCGGAUCGGAGCCGAAGAGUAGCGACGCGGCGCGACGAGAGAAAAGCGUGGUAUGGACGGAGCGCGAGAACUCGUAGCAGAGGAGCGAGAGCGGCAACCGAAAGCGGCGAAAAGAAACAAGAGAGAGCUGGAAGCAUAGGCAGCGACGAAGAUCAGAGCGAGUCGGUUCGGCGUGGAGAGAGAGAGCCAUUCAUCUUGGCGCGCCUAGGCGGCACGCGAUUGGUCCACCUCAGAUAAGGGAGCGGCGCGAUUGGUCGGCUCUGUUUACCAGCUGGUACCCCAGCGCGGUCGAGGAUCGUAGAAGAGAGGGGGGAACAGAACGGAGAGACAAGCGGCGCCAUUAUUGUAAGGGGUUACAUUUAGCUGGCCGUGGGUUGUAGUACGCGGCGUUCGGGAUAGGGGGCUAUAGUACCUUCAUGCAUGGCCCAUAAAGGAUUCGUCGACUAUCCGAGAAGUACGCAAGAAACGGCUUCUAACACCUGACAGGGGCCACGCUCUUCUCUUCUCUUCUCUCUCCUCGUGCCGUCGCCUCGUUCGCCGUCGCAGCCCAAUUUCCUCGCUGGGACCGCUGCGCUGGAUCAGCUGGGUGGGCCCGACCGACGAAAGACCCGCUGCUUUAUUGUCGCUGGUCGUCCCGAUGUGGAAGGAAUCGUAAUUACCAUAAAGGAAUCGUAACGUCGGCCCGAAAACCAUACCCGCUCGUCGGAUCCUUAUCCCACGGUGUGAUCGACGACCCGACGACGCGCGUCCACCAUCGAAGAGCUAACGAAUGAUUUGGAAGUCGUUCCGGUGUGUUUGCCCGUCCGCCGUCGCGAACUCUCCGCCGAUCGCGGUCGUCCUAUCGAACGACGCGUCGAUCCUCGAUGGGUUCGCGUCCGCUAUCGUUUCUGUGAUAAUGUGUAAAGUUGCGUAAGUGACGAUUAAAAGUGGGGGUCAAAGGUAACGGAUAAGGAAGGGAAGGUAGAAGGACAGCCGGAGGAGGAGAAGGAACAAGUGAAAGAAAAGAAAGAAGAGCUGGAAAGAAAGCGAGACCGAACAGUAAACCGAGUGCGCGGUGCGGUUGGGUGCGACGAGAAAAUCCAGGUAUAGAUUUUCGGUAUCGAUCGAGGAAAAUAAUAAAAACGGGUGUGAUCGCUAGUACAAGAAAGUGCGCAAACGAUGAAGCAUCAGCCGGCAUCGCCGGCACGGCGUCGGUGUUGAGACACCGGACCCGGGUCUCCGUGUCCGGGCGUGUCCUCGGCAUCGAGUCCGAGAUCGGCACCGGCGGCAGUCGAUAUGAGUUCGAAAUUCAUAAUCGAUAGUAUGCUACCUAAGUACCAUCAACAGUUCCAUCAUCAACAGUUGUUCUCGAGCGCGAAUCCCGUCGCGGCCGCGGCAGUGAAUUACGCGCAACAGCACAAUUCGCCUAGCCCGACGGGUUCGAGUCCCCAGCAUUCAGGAAGUUCGGCGUCCACCUCACCGGCGGCACGCACCACAUCCAGCAUGUAUCCGUACGUGUCGGCGGCAGCGGCGCACCAUCAUCAUCAGCAACAGCAAGCGGUCGCGGCGGCGGCCGCCGCCGCGCAGUUUUAUCAUCAGGCAGCCGCUGCAUCGGCCGUCGUCGAUCCUCUCACGUCCUGCCAACAACCCACCACCGGACAACCCGGCAUUUCGGACAUACCUCGAUAUCCCUGGAUGUCGAUCACCGAUUGGAUGAGCCCGUUCGACAGAGUCGUGUGCGGACCGAACGGGUGUCCAAGGCGUAGGGGUCGGCAAACGUACACCCGAUUCCAGACGCUGGAGCUGGAGAAGGAGUUCCAUUUCAACCAUUACCUGACGCGACGGCGACGAAUAGAGAUCGCCCACGCCCUCUGUCUAACGGAACGACAGAUCAAGAUCUGGUUCCAGAAUCGGCGGAUGAAGCUGAAGAAGGAAUUGAGGGCGGUGAAGGAGAUCAACGAGCAGGCCAGGCGGGAACGCGAGGAGCAGGACAUGAUGAAGAAGCAGCAAGCGGAGAAGCAAGCGAAGAUGCAGCAGGAACAGCAAAACGCUGCGUUGCAGCAUCAGCAGCAGCAUCACGUGAGCGGUUUGGACAAGACGCAAAGUGAUCUCCUGAAGGCGGUCAGUAAGGUGCCCACAUAGGAGAGCCCAGCCGAUCGGUUGUCUUUCUUUUGAAGAAGAAACGGAGAGACUGGAACGCCAACCACGAGACACGCAGACAUCGAAGCGAGGUAGAUCGCUGAAGGUCGACCUCGAAGAAAGAGGAACAAAAAAAACACGCGCUCCUGUCCCUAAUUCUCGAGCGUGAUGGACGAAGAUCCGCGGGGACGCGUUCGGAGCGCUGCUCUUCCUACGUUUUGGGAAAGGACCGGUGUUCUCGAAGACCUUGUGAUCGUUCUUCUUCUUCUUUUUUCUCCUAUCGAGGUCGUGGAAGAAGAACUCGACUAGCGACGAUGUUUGAUGUCGUGUUUGUCUCUUUUGCUUCUUUGUUUAUAUCCUUUUUUUGCUCUUUUUUUUAUACGAAAGGAAGAAAGGAACGAAGGGGAAAAUGGAAAACGACACACGUACACACACACGCACACACGAACACACGUACACGAAGUAGAGGUUUUUAGAAAGCGUGCAAGAAGCACACCCUCAAACUACGUACUUAUUUUGGCUGGGCCAAAGGAUGGACCUAGCCUGUGACUGAUUCCUAGAACGUAUAAAUGUAUAUUGUUAAUCGGCCGAUGAAACACAGCGGGACGACGAGUUGGCGCGACGAUGAAACUGCCACAAGCAAGAUGGAAGCCAACGAUGAUCGCGCGCGCAUCGGGACACCGACUCACUAGAAUUAGUUAAUAAACGAGCGCAGAGAAGACGAGCGGGAUUAAAGGGUCGGCCCUCGGAGUCCUUUUGUCGCGGGCCUAGAGCUAACGACACUGGCGACGAGACGAUCAAUUAAUACCCGACGGAGAAGAGAACGCGGCGGAGUAAUUAAGCGAUGGUUGGCGAAGAAUUCCUGUUAAUCGCGAUGGAACGAUCGAGGAGGGAUCAAAGUGGCCAUCACCAGGGGAACUGGGACGAUCGCGGGGAUGAUCUUUCAAAUUUCGCUGCCAUUUACCCAAUCGAUUCCAUCAUCGUCGUUAUUUUAGUGAUGGGUGUAUUUGAUCUUGUGAAUUUAUCCACUGUCAGAUCCUUACGUUUUCACUGCUCUUCGAGGUAAAAUAUUUCAAACCCAAAUUUUUCUAUCUAAUCUUGAUCGAUAGUGUGAUUUUGGAAGUUUCGACGAUUUUGGGAAAUUUUUGUGCUGUUGUAGUUUAGUAGUAAAACGAAAAUCAGUGUGAUGCAUGGACAGGCAAGUGGUACUCGUGGCAUGCAGUUUCUAAAUUUUCUAAUUUUUGAACUUCAAAGAUCUCGUAUUUUCAAAGUCCAAAUUACUGAACUUCUUAGGUUGAAUUAUUUAUACUUGCACGUUUUCAAUAUUUGUCAGUACUAAAAUCUUUAACAUAAGAUAUUACCAUAUCUUGAAACUAAAAUCGAUCCUAUUCUCAAGACUUCCAAAAUCACCAGAAAUAUAUAAUUUUUAAAAAUCCCAUCACUAAGCACCAUACCUAUCGAUAUCAAAACGUCCUACGAAUUUACCCAAUCGAAACCGAAAUCAAAAUCCUAUGAAAAAUCGACCCAAGGAAAGGUACAGGGCCCCCCAAAAGUUAAAAGUGGAAUUGAAGUUCAACUGCUCUUUUUUUUAAAAAAAUUGACAAGGCGAUUAGUCUCGCGUGAGCGACGGCAAGGCUCUUUAUUCGCUCUUAUUGAAACAACGAACGAUCGCAGACUUCUUCGAAUACCUUGAAUACCUUCUUCUGAUCGUACAACUAAAGCCACGUGUAGCUACAUACGCACGAGUACGUCCAGGCUAAUUCGUGCCGACUUUAACUCGAAAGGAAUUUAGCGGUACAAAUCGAUGCCAUUUACCGAGCUGCUUUUCCCAGGUUAAUUAACCGUGGUUCACAUGCACCGCGUUGCAAUUAGUAGAUAAUUUUUUUCAACGUUUUGACGUACGCUUUGAGAUUUUCAUCUGACCAUUCUAAUCGAGCUCAUUACGGAAUUCAUAUUCUUUUUUUUAAUUUGUUCCUCCGACCUGGAUCGCCCAUGUUUGAAAACUGACGUAGCAACCUGGUUGCUUUGAUUGGCUUUGAUGCCAAGGAGAAAACAGACGUGUACCAAACAGACUUGUAAACGUGUAAAACAGAAUUGUAACGAGUUGAAGACUCGGACAGAUUUGUUUGACUGUUACUGAACGUAAUUACAGGGACACCUCGAUAUUUUCCUGUGCUAAGGGCUUUGGAGUGGGAACUGGGAGUGAACAGUGACACACAAACUCUGGGACUAAAUUUUCUAAAUUUCUAAAUUUUGAAGUAUAAGUUCUUAACCUCAUAAAUUCUGAAACCUUCAUAAAAUUAAA